AUGAACGCUGCCAAAAAUAAGAAUAUCCAGACAGAAACCACAGAUUCUACAAGUAAAACUACCACUACAGGUACCACUGCUAGUGAUAGCUGGGACCACACAGGUCUUCCCCAAGAUGUCAUAGUACACGUUCUGAGCUUCCUCCCUUUGCAUCAAGUGGUCCAAGUACGAACUCUGAGCAAGUCCUUGGCCCAAGCAGGACAGUUGGUGAUCAUGGAAAAGCUACAAAUGGCAGGCUUUCCAAACUUGACCCGCCCCUCUGAUGCCCUCCUGAAAUUGGAGAAACCCUUGCUACGAGCCCGCCACUGGCUCUAUUCCGAGUUCCAACGAGCCGCCACUGUCAUUAGAGAGUCCAAUAACAUACACAAAGGCAAUGGCGCGGCUGCGGAGAUUCUUCUAUUCCCCAUUGUCCCCCAAACAGAAGCAUAUCAGCGUGUCCAGACACUCUUGGUGCGACCCAAGUUGCAUGCCAAGUACUUGUGGAUGCUAGAAACAGACCAAGAUGGACAAGAUCAUGGAGUGGGGCUGGAUUUCCGUAGUAGCUGCCUCCGAGUCUGUGUCCCGAUAGAUAGGUGUAUCCAAGAAUACAGAGCCACAUUGGAAGAGGCUCCCACGUUGUUGUCCUUUGGGAGUGCCCGCUGUUUGGAUAUCAUGCUACGGAAAGAAUUGGAGUCCCUUUUGGUGUUGCAGGCAGGUGGACAUGAUGACAUGACCUGUGUCCCCUUUGUGUCCAAACCAUCCAGACCCGAUGCCAUGGUGGGAAGCAUCUACGAAACUGUUGCCAAGGUACUGGAAGAACCACUGAUGAGUCAUGCCAUUAGCAUUGAGGGGAAGAAAGUACAAAAUCCAGAAGAAGAACGGUCUUCUUCUCCUUGUUUUCUGGAUCUGUCCCACACUGGAAUUGUCAUUCAGGUGCCAUGCUCAGAGAUGCAGACCUUGUUCCAAACCUUUGAUUCCAUGGCCAAAGAACACAUGCAACAAAAGAUUGUGGAUUUGUUAUGGAUGUGA